GCUGACGCGGCGGAGUCACCCGGGCAGCCUCGGGACCGGUGACCGGGCCGGGCUGAGCGAAACGUCCAGCGAGCCGGCCUCGCAGCGCCCGCCGGCCGCGAUCCGAGCUGCCUGCCCACUCCGGGGGCGCACGGGCGUGUCGGUCGGUCGGUAGGAGGCCGCUCGGGGCGAGCCACCGUCUCCCCCGCGGGCCGCCUCGCUUGGGCGAGGUCUCCGUGACGAGCCUCCCGGGGCGGCUGCGGCCAGCUCGGGCCGUCGUGGCGGCUCGAGCCCCGCGCGCUCGCUUGCGCUCCGGGGGUCGCAGGCCCUGGAAGGUAUGCGUGUCCUCCGGACGCCGGACGCGGGCGCGGGCUCCUGAAGGACGUCGCCCGUGGACCACAGCGCCUCGGCAGCCUCCAUUCAUCUGCCAGCUGCGCGCUCGCCGCCUCCGCGCCCGGCCUGGGCGCCGCCUCCUCCCGUCCCCCCUCUGCCGUCCCUUCCCCGCUCCUCGUGUGCGGAGGUUCUCCUGGAAGCGCAGGUGUCGGUUAUGAACCGGGCUUCCCUCCCUUGAAGCUCUCGGUAGAAGAAGUCGGGGUGACCCUCCGCGCCCCCCACCCCAGGCAUGGGGGUGAACGCCGUGCACUGGUUCCGAAAGGGACUUCGGCUCCACGACAACCCCGCCCUGAAGGAGUGCAUCCAGGGCGCCGACACCAUCCGCUGCGUCUACAUCCUCGACCCCUGGUUCGCCGGCUCUUCCAACGUGGGCAUCAACAGGUGGCGAUUUUUGCUUCAGUGUCUUGAGGAUCUGGAUUCCAAUCUACGGAAGCUGAAUUCUCGUCUGUUUGUGAUUCGUGGACAGCCAGCUGAUGUGUUCCCCAGGCUUUUCAAGGAAUGGAGCAUCACUAAACUGUCCAUUGAGUAUGACUCGGAGCCUUUUGGGAAGGAACGAGAUGCAGCUAUCAAGAAGCUGGCCACCGAGGCUGGAGUGGAGGUCAUCGUGCGCAUUUCACACACCCUGUAUGACCUGGACAAGAUCAUCGAGCUCAACGGUGGACAGCCGCCUCUCACUUACAAAAGAUUUCAGACUCUCGUCAGCAAAAUGGAGCCACUGGAGAUGCCAGCAGAGACCAUCACUUCAGAUGUGAUAGGAACGUGUGUGACCCCUCUGUCUGAUGACCAUGAUGAAAAGUAUGGAGUCCCUUCCCUGGAAGAGCUAGGCUUUGAUACAGAUGGUUUGUCCUCUGCAGUGUGGCCAGGAGGAGAAACUGAAGCACUUACACGUUUGGAAAGGCAUUUGGAAAGAAAGGCCUGGGUGGCAAACUUUGAAAGACCUCGAAUGAAUGCGAAUUCCCUGCUGGCAAGCCCCACUGGACUCAGCCCUUAUCUCCGAUUUGGUUGCUUAUCCUGUCGACUGUUUUAUUUCAAACUAACAGAUCUCUACAAAAAGGUAAAGAAAAAUAGCUCCCCUCCCCUCUCUCUUUAUGGGCAACUUCUGUGGCGUGAAUUUUUCUAUACGGCAGCAACAAACAACCCACGCUUUGAUAAAAUGGAAGGGAACCCCAUCUGUGUUCAGAUCCCUUGGGAUAAGAAUCCUGAGGCUCUGGCCAAAUGGGCAGAAGGCCGGACAGGCUUUCCAUGGAUUGAUGCCAUCAUGACACAGCUUCGUCAAGAGGGCUGGAUUCACCAUUUAGCCAGACAUGCGGUUGCAUGUUUCCUGUCGCGUGGUGACCUGUGGAUCAGCUGGGAAGAAGGGAUGAAGGUCUUUGAAGAAUUGCUGCUUGAUGCAGAUUGGAGCAUAAAUGCUGGAAGUUGGAUGUGGCUGUCCUGUAGCUCCUUUUUCCAGCAGUUUUUCCACUGCUACUGCCCUGUUGGUUUUGGUAGGAGGACAGAUCCCAAUGGAGACUAUAUCAGACGUUAUUUGCCUGUCCUGAGAGGCUUUCCUGCAAAGUACAUCUACGAUCCUUGGAACGCACCUGAAGGUAUCCAGAAGGUCGCCAAAUGUUUAAUAGGAGUGAAUUACCCCAAGCCAAUGGUGAACCACGCCGAGGCCAGCCGCUUGAAUAUUGAAAGAAUGAAGCAGAUCUAUCAGCAGCUUUCCCGGUACCGAGGGCUAGGUCUUCUUGCCUCGGUGCCCUCUAAUCCGAAUGGGAAUGGAGGACUCAUGGGCUAUGCUGGAGAGAGUGUCCCAGGCUGCAGCACUGGAGGAAGUUGCUCUCAAGGAAGUAUUUUGCAUUACGCUCACGGAGACGGUCAGCAAGGGAGAAGCUCCGUGGGCCCGGGCCUCGGCAACGGGAAGCGCCCUAGUCAGGAAGAGGACACACAGAGUGCUGGUCCCAAAGUCCAGCGACAGAGCAGCCACUGAUGUGAAAGCAUGCAGGAGGAUUUCUGGCGCACCUGAAAUUGGCGGGGAAGUCACUUCGCUUCACUUAGAUUAUUUAAAAUGUCCUUCAUUUGUGGAAAGCAGUUAGAUUUUGAACAUAUUAUUUCUAAUAACAUUUCUGUGGUUUUUAACUUUUUAAUGAAUAUCACAUAGGACAAGUGCUAAUUUGUAUAUAAAGAACUUGGUAAAAGAUUUGCUUAAUGUAAAUAUAGUCACAGUUAGUAUAGACUCAUCAGUAUAUUUUUGAUAAUUUUUCAUGUAUGGUAAAAGUUAAAGUUAACAGAUAUUCUGAUAUAAAACUCAAGUUUUGAGAGCCAUUGCAAGAAAAUGGGAAGUUUUUAGACUUUCUUAAAAGACUUUGUUAAAAUUUUAGGACACAUUUUUCUUGACAUCAUUGUUUAACCUAAUUUUGCAGUGUUUGAUAGCAGUGCUUUAGAGAGUACAUGAGAUCCAGUGGGUAGACAAGCCUCUGUCAGCGCAGACAGUCUGCCACAGCCGCGUGCAGCUGCUCGGACUCACCAGUGCGUGUGCUCACUUCUUUCUGUCUCCCCAUUUUUUUGUUCAUUUAUAGCUAAAGUGACUUUUGUUAUUAAAGUAUAUGCAAAUAUGGAA